CAUGUCAUUCCCAGAAACACCACCCAAACGUCCAGAUAGACGUCCCCCUCAACCUACCCCUCUACGUCCUCGCGACCCAGCUAUAGAUAGAGCUCUUCAAUUGUCAACUUUCGAAUCCAAUUAUUCGACAGACGAAUUCGUAGCCACUCUCUCUGAUAAACUCAUAGCUCAGUCAAAAGCAACUUCGGGGCCUUUUGAUCCCAAACCUUUCUUACAGACUUUCUCUCCGGCUUUGGAUAGUCUACUGGGAUUGCGGGCUCAGGUGGCGGAGAGGACUAAGAGGAUGGAGACGGAGGUUAGGAGGGCGGAGAGGGAGUAUGGGAGAAGGUUGAGAGAGCUGGAUGGAGGGUUUGAGGCAAUAGGAAAUUCCUUCUCUUCCCUCGAAUCUAAAAUAACAGACGUGGGUCAAACAGCGGUCCGUAUAGGCGAGCAACUCGAAUCUCUACAUCAAACUCGUUCCACUGCUCAAUCCACUUCUCUCCUUUUAUCCUACUACCUUUCCCUCGUUCACAUAACUUCCACCACUCCAGAUCCUAAUAACCCCAAGCCAGAAACGACAAACCCACUGGAACAACUCUUCGCAACUCGGACCUCUCGUGAAGGUAGGGCGAGGAUAUCAAUCAUAUUACGACGUCUCAUGGCAGUCGCAAAGGACAGAAGGACAGAGAAGGAAAAGGCAGAGAGGGUGAGAGAUGAGGUGGAGAGAUAUUGUGAGAGGUUUGAAAAGGAAUGUUUGCGGCUGUUCGAUAGGAGUUAUAGGAAAGGAGAUCCGAGAAUGAUGGCUCACUGCGCAAAGACCUUGCAAGAUUUCAACGGUGGAGCGUCUUGCGUGCAGAUAUACGUCAAUCAACACGAUUUCUUCAUCUCAAAAGAUCGAGUAUUGGAGGAUGCCGCAAAGGGAGACGGAGAUGGAACGAGGGCAGAUAUCUGGUCGACCAUUGGCGACCCUGACAGUCCACCACCAACAUCCGAACCAGGCAUGGAAGCGCUAUUCAAAGAGAUCCGUUCUACUGUAGCUCAAGAAGCUCAGAUUGUAAAAGCUGUCUUUCCCAGUCCUAUUGCCGUCAUGCAAGUUUUCUUGCAGCGGAUAUUUGCUCAGGUUAUCCAACAACACCUCGAAUCCCUCGUCUCAAGAGCCUCCACUAUCUCCACCCUCGCCGUCCUACGUAUCCUUUCCAUGGUCCAUUCGACAUGUUCUACCCUUGUCGAAGAUCUCAAGACAUACGACGCGACUCUUUCCGGAAGCAUGGGAUCACUCGGUACGUCUACCAUGUCGCUGUCCGUUGUGGGGGCAGCAUCAGGAACUGGACCAUUGGCAGUGAUGUUGGAUCAUGCACUGGAGGAGAUCUUCGUUCCGUGGCUCGAGGGGUCGAGGUAUCUGGACAGCGAGACAAAGAAUCUUGUGGAGUUGUAUGCUGGGUUGUUGAGUCGAUUCACACGGUAUCAUGAAACCGUCCUCAAGGCCAAACCCAACUCACUCCUUGACAAGGUAGUUCACCAACUCUCUUCCUCAUCUUCCGCCGCCACAUCAUCCUCAACCGCCCAAGCGGCCGCAGCAGCCAUGUCAAAAUACGCAAACAUGUUCACUGCUUCUGCCGAGCGAGCUACCAAAGCACUGCAAACUACAGAUGGAGUGUUGACCGUUGAAAUGAGUGAGAGGAUGUUGAAAUGGCAUGCAGAGGCGGUGGGGAGGAUCGUAGAGCUGAGUCCCAGUGGGGAAGUACCCAAAAGCGCCUUUGCUUUAUCGCGGACGUUGGCAGAAGCCAUCGGUCGGUCUUUUGUUGAAACUGCUCUGGAUUCCGCCCUCGCCCGGUUGGAUCAACAAGAUCCCAAGUCGGAACCUGAUUUAUCGCCUCUGGCAGUGCUCAAACCUGCCGACCUUAUCUUUCACCUCUGGCAGAGGUACGCGACGACGGCGUUGUUACCUCUGGCAGGUAGCACCGCUACGUCUCGACGUGAGAUAGGGAGUUUGAAUUCUCAUGGUGUGAUGAGGAUGGAAGGGAAGGUGAACGCUGUGAUACAGCGAGGGUUGGAUCUGAUCCUCGGCUGGAUCUCACAAUUGCUCACGAAACAGAAGAAAAAUGACUACAAGCCGAAAAACGACGAAUUGUCUUUCGCGCGUACUACGACGGAACCGUGUGAGCUCAUCUGUGAGUUUCUAGGAACGGUGAAGGAGGUGGUGGAUGAGGGAUUGAGUGGGAAGAAUGCAGAGGUUUUCUUGACGGAAUUAGGGGUGGCCUUUCACAGUCUUUUGUUGGAUCAUUACAAAAAGUUCCCAGUGAACCCAACUGGAGGGUUGAUGUUGACAAAGGAUCUAGCAACAUACCAAGAGACGGUCGCUUCAUUCGCCGUUCCUGCAAUAAACGACAGAUUCGACAUGCUUCGACAACUCGGAAACUCAUUCAUCGUCCAACCUCACGUUUUGAAAUCUUACAUGACUGAAUCGCAUUUGGGUAGGAUAGAACUUUCUCUCCUCCGACCUUAUUUGCAACAACGUUCGGAUUAUUCUACUUUCUCAAGAUCUUUGAAUCUCGAUUCGGAUGAUACGGUCGGUUCUACCGUCAUCGCUUCUACAUCAUCUCACUCUCAUGUCCAUGGAGGAGUGGGAGGAAAAGGAAUGUUCAACAAUAGAUUCAGUACGAUGAGUGGAGUAGCAGGUGCUGGAAUGGGUAAACUGAGAGAAAUGUUACGUGAAUUGGAAGGUGAUACGGAAGAAGAAAGAAAAAAGAGGAAAGAAAAGUUGGAUCAAUGGGAUAAAGAUCAUCCUAAAAGUGCAAGAUUACCUCCUCAAGCAUGGCAACCUAUGCCUUUGUAUUAUAGUGGAUUGUGA